UCUGCUUCAUCUUGUUUCUGUUUCUGUUUAAUAACUUUAUAAAUACAAGUUAUUGUAAGAAUAACAAGCUUUACAUUGCAUUUCAAAGCAAAGAGUUAUUGUGAACACAAAAGAUUAUGAUAAGAUGGAAGACAACGAGUUAGCUGACCUGGUGCAAAAGAACCUAAAGGGUCCAAGAUACCUUGUUGUUGUUGAUGAUAUUUGGAGUAGGGAUGUUUGGGAUAUCAUAUCACAAAUAUUUGGAAGACCCCAUCAAGAUAUUUGUUUUUCCAAAAUCACUUAGAAGAUUGUCUUUAACUAGCUGUUGAAACUUUAUUUGGGAAGAGAUAUCAUCAACUUUAUCAUGUUGCCAAAUCUUGAAGAGCUCAAACUUAAACGUUUUCGAGCCGAAGAUUAUGUAUAGAGAUUGAGUGACAAAGACAUAUUCAAAAGCUUGAAGUUAUUGUUACUAGCGAGCUAAAUCUUAUGCAUUGGGAAGCUAGUAUGAUUACUUCCCUAAUCUAAAACGCCUUGUUUUGAAGAAAUGUGAGGACCUGCAAGAAAUUCCAACAGAUUUUGGGGAAAUUUGUACUUUGGAAUCGAUUGAGUUACAUGAUUGUAGCACUACUUCUGAGGAUUCUGCCAGAAAUAUCGAACAAGAACAAGACGACAUGGGAAAUAAUAUCCUUAAGGUCUACAUCCAUAACAGCCACAGGAACUGAAGCUUAUUUUGAGGGAUCAUCUAAUGCUAUCUUCCGAAUUCAGAACCUUGUAGUUCAUAUUUUUGUUUUUAUAUUUUGAUCGUUUUUGUUGAUUUCAUGUUUUAGGAAUAAGCAUGUUUAAUACAUGUCUCGGUCAAUUGUGUUUUCUGUGUGAUAGUUCGAAAUAAAUAAGGAUGUUCAAUCUAUUAUGCAUUGCCUAUGGAGUAUAAGAAUUGCUGGUUUAACACUUUGAAUCUAUCUUCCUCUGUUCAUGUAUAAUACAUGUUUUUUGUUGAUGGACAGUGUUUUAUGUGAUGAUAAUGAUAACAUUUCUCAUGGAUGGUACUUGGUAGUAACAGUAUGUAAUCUAGCUUCUGAUCGUCGUUGACAUGCUUUUCAAAUUUACUUAGCUUAGUUAAGGUAUCUCUCUGAGAUUUCGAUCAUAGUCUAGAGGGGUACUAGAGGGUUGCUCGUGCCUUAUCCUGAUAAAAAAAACAGAAGAAUUAAUCAAAUGAAAAUAGACAACAGAACUGUUUUCAUACACCCAACUUGCAUUGACUUAGUUAUUAUUUUAUUGAUAAUUACUAAUAUGGUGCUGCAAAUUAAAUAGCGGUAUGGUUGUUACAUCAGUCACCCAACUGCCCAUCAUUAAUAUUACACCUACUUCUUCUGAUUUCACACAACCAAUUAAUAUGGUGUUGGAAAUUAAUUGAAGUUUUAUUAUAAAUACAAAAGAGUAGUACAUUAUUUGAUAUCUUGACUUGAUGGCAGCUUAUACCGCUGUAAUUUCUCUUCUUCAAACUCUUGAUCAACCAAAUAUUUCAAAACUCUUUCAUGAUCACACUACUGAAAUGCUCGAUUCUCUUCGUGCUACAGCUGAAUAUUUUCAAGAUGUUCUUGAAAACAGUAGCAAUGAGAAAAUCAAAUCUUUGGAGGAAGAUAUUAGAGUUGUUGUUAGCGAGGCAGAGGAUGUUGUUGAAAUGAAGAUUUCUAAAGUCAUCGAAGAAUUAAGCUGGACAUUUGGAAUUUUACAACACCAGGAUAUGCUACCAGUUGUUGAAAAAAUGGAUACGACAAAGAAACAAGUGGUGGAGAUUCUUUCUCAUGAUGCUGAUCAAAUUCUUGAAUUAACCCGGGAUUCCUUGAUUGGUGCUUCCUCUAGGAGUAAUCAAAUGCUGUCAGAUCAGAUGAAAGAUGAUAUCAUUCAGGGACUUGAUGUUGACUUGGAGAUAAUAGAUAAAAGAUUGAGAGGACCAACGUCGGAUCUAGACAUUCUCACCAUAUCAGGUAUGGGUGGCAUUGGCAAAACAACACUCGCUGAAAAAGUUUAUGACCAUCUUCCAAUCAGGUAUCACUUUGACAUUUUUGUUUGGGUUACAAUUUCUCAAGAGUUUCGAUAUAGAAAUGUAUGGUUAGAAGCUUUACAUUGCAUCUCAAAGCAAAGAGUUAUUGUGAACACAAAAGAUUAUGAUAAGAUGGAAGACAACGAGUUAGCUGACCUGGUGCAAAAGAACCUAAAGGGUCCAAGAUACCUUGUUGUUGUUGAUGAUAUUUGGAGUAGGGAUGUUUGGGAUAGCAUAUCACAAAUAUUUCCUAACCGCAACAAUAGGAGUCGAGUCUUAUUGACUACUAGGGAAACUGAUGUAGCAAUGUAUGCAGAUACUAGUAGCCCUCAUAAGAUGAACCUCUUAAAUUUAGAUAGCAGUUGGAAGUUACUUCGUGAUAAGGUGUUUGGACUAGAACACGAUCAUCCUCCCGAGUUGGAUGAAAUUGGAAAAACAAUAGCAGGAAAAUGUCAAGGACUUCCCUUAAUAAUUUCAGUGAUUGCAGGGCAUCUUUCUAAAACGGUGCCCAAGACAUUAUUAAAUUGGAAGUAUGUUGCCCAAACCUUGAGUGAAAUCAUUGCUAGUAAUCCAAAUAAAUGUUUAGCCGUUCUCGGUUUGAGUUACCAUCACUUGCCUAAUAGACUCAAACCAUGCUUUCUUUCAAUGGGGGAUUUCCCAGAAGAUUUUCAAGUUGAUAUUCGGAGAUUGAUCCAAUUAUGGAUCGCUGAAGGUUUCAUAAGGAAGUCUUCCGGAUGUCGUGAAAGCUUGGAGGAAGUGGCUGAACAUUAUCUGGAGGAUCUUAUCAGCAGGAAUUUGAUAAUGGCUAGAAAAAGGAGAUUCAAUGGUGAGGUAAAAGUAUGCGGAAUACAUGAUCUUCUGCGUGAGUUCUGUUUGUUAGAAGCUGAAAUGACAAAGUUUACACAUGUUGUGAGAGCUCCUUUUUCACCAGCAGAAAAGCAUAAUGUUCGUCGCUUCAGUAUUCAAGAGUAUCAUAAUGCUAAUGAGAAAUUACCCCCUGUUACCAGAUCUAUUUACUGUUUUGAUCCACUUAGUCUACUAUUUGAAUCCUGUACUGCAAGUCCUUGUGAAUUGCCCGUCAUCGAUUAUGAUCCUAUAAUACUGGGAUUUCUCCCUUGUUUCAACCUUCUCAGGGUAUUGGUCAUCAUCCAUGAUGAAAUGCUACGGUUCGACUCAUUUCCACUUGUGAUUACGAAGUUAUUUCAUUUGAGAUAUCUCCAUGUUGAACAUUUACGCUUGAAUAUUCCUGAAUCAAUCUCAGAGCUUCUGAAUUUGCAAACUCUUAUUUCUAACUGUAGUCCUGUAUCGGGAAUGACUUUACCUAAGAAGAUAUGGUUGUUGAAGAACUUGAAGUACAUAUCUUUAGGAAGAAACACUUAUUUACCAAGUCCUAGAAUAAAUAAGAAUCUUGUGACAGUGAUGCCAAAUCUAGAGAAAUUUUUCGGUCUUUGUUACACAAGUUGUACAAAUGAAGUCUUUUCUAGCAUUCCCAAUCUAAAGAUAUUGACCAUUCAUGUACCUAUUACAUUUAAAGAAGAAAUUGUUUCCUAUCGUCUCUUGGAUAUGUCGAGCUUGAGAAAACUUGAGGCAUUCAAGCUUUCCUGGAACGGUAGUUGGGAAAACCCCAUCAAGACAUUUGUUUUUCCAACAUCAGUUAGGAGGUUGACUUUAUCUUUUUGUAGUAAGUUCAUUUGGGAAGAGAUAUCAUCAACUUUUAUCAUGUUGCCAAAUCUUGAAGAGCUCAAACUUAAAUAUUGUGAAGCCGAUGAUGAUGUAUGGAUAAUGACCGAUAAAGACAUAUUCAAAAGCUUGAAGUUGUUGUUACUGAGCGAGCUAAAUCUUAAGCGUUGGGAAGCUAGCAGUGAUAACUUCCCUAAUCUAAAACGUCUUGUUCUGAAGAGAUGUGAGGACCUGCAAGAAAUUCCAACAGAUUUUGGGGAAAUUUGUACUUUGGAAUCGAUUGAGUUACAUGAUUGCAGCGCUACUUCUGAGGAUUCUGCCAGAAAUAUCGAACAAGAACAAGAGGACAUGGGAAAUAAUAUGCUUAAGGUCUACAUCCGUAACAGCAACAGGAAUGGAAGCUUAUUUUGAGGGAUCAUCUAAUAUCGCGGCCAAUUGUGUUUUUGUAUUUUGUAAAUGGUAACUAUUGAUGUACUGUAAUCUCUAUUUUGUUUUCGAAAUAAAUAAGCAUGUUCAAUCUACUAUGCAUUGCCUAUGGAGUAUAAGAUUUGCUGGUUUCACACUG